UUUGUGGGCGGGUAGAAGCUUCCAGAAGCGGGUGGUCCAAGAAGAUGCGUGUGUAGUGUAGUUGGUAACGGGGAGAAGUAUCUAGGAUAUUCAAACCAAAUAUUACUGAGUCAGCUUUCAUAAUAGAAGUUACUGCUGAAAAUGGAAGGUGUGCUGAUAAACACGAACCCAACGGUAUCGGUCCGAUUGACCAGUACGUUAAGCUCCUUUGAAGCCGAGCGCCGUUUCAAUCGAGGCCUGACGUUAGCUGAACUGAAGUGUAAGUUGGAACUGGUUGUUGGCACUCCAGCUUCCAGCAUGGAGCUACAGCUAUUCAGCACCACCAAUAAAUUUCUGAUGAACAUGGAUAAUGACGAGGCCUUGCUAGGAUCAUACCCAGUUGAUGAUGACUGCAGAAUUCAUGUAAUUGAUAAGAGUGGUGCAAAAAUAGGAGAGUUUGAAGACCUUUCACGGGUGGAAAAAUAUGAAUUGCCAGAUGAUGUCUACGAUAAAAGAACAGAUUCAAUCCGGUCUUUCCUAAAGAAAAAGAAGGCAGGACGUUUCAAAGAGGAAGAUAUGGAAAAGGAGGCAGAGAAAGAAGCUGAAGAGAAGGCUGCAACAGAGAACGUUACUGUGGGAUCCCGAUGUGAGGUGACAGUUCCAGGACAGCCAAGAAAGCUUGGCACUGUAAUGUUUGUAGGCAAAACCGAGUUUAAACCUGGCUAUUGGGUUGGCAUUAAAUAUGACGAACCUUUAGGAAAAAAUGAUGGAAGUGUUAAUGGAAAAAGAUAUUUUGAGUGCCAAGAUAAAUAUGGAGCAUUUGUCAAGCCACAAAAUAUCACUGUUGGAGACUUUCCAGAAGAAGAUUAUGGACUGAAUGAUGAAAUGUAAAAUGAAAUCUUACAAGUGAACCCUUUUGAAGGAAUUUGACUCUUUUUGGGAGGUUGAGAAGGUGCAACGAGACAUUUGUUGGACUUGUUCUGCUUUGUUGUAUAAUUUCAGCAUGUUUUCUAUUUGUAUUAGGCGAGCAGACGUGAAAGGGGCGUACAAAUGUGUCACUUUGUGGAGGCAUUACUAAUGUCUCUCCUUAACGUCUACAUUUCACCUAAAACGCAAUCUGACAAUGUGUUUUUGUUAAGUGCACACUAAAUACCAGAAUUGAAAAGUAGAUUCAUUUUACUCAUAUUUGUAAUAUUCAAGUUCAUUUGGAUAUAGAAAUGUGAGUGAAUUAUUAUUUUGUAAUGAUUAGUAGAUUUGGACUGAACUGAAGUUUCGGAGCUCCCAAAUACCAUUUUUUUUUUUUUCUUGUUCUCCAUUCUGACUUUAUUAGCCAGACUUCAUUUUGAAGGAGGUCUUUAUAUCUGCCUUAAUUACUUCAUACCCGUAACUACUUUUCAUACAAUACAAAAUAUUUUGCUUCAUUUUACCAGUAUAUGAGAGCUUUGGAAUUAAUAUUGAGGUGCAGCCAAACAGAGAGAAGACAGGAAAUGAUGUAAUAUAGUGUCUUAAUGGCUUAUUAUGUGGGACUAAUUGCCUAGGUGGGCUCUGCUAUGACUGUAUAGUCCCAGUCAUAGAAACAUAUUGCCUUUGUGUCUAUAGAUCUGCUAACACUGAUUUGUCACAAUUCUGGUUUUCUUCCAAACUUGUUUAACAAGGUCAUGACUUCUGACAUCACCUUUCAAUUGAUCUUGAAAUAAGCAAGUUUUUCAGUGUAGAAGUACGUAUGCAUACCAUAGUGAAUAUGAAUGUGUAAAAGUAGCAUCACUGCAGUUUUUAAACUGGAUAAAUAUGAAACAAAUCAGAGGGAAAGUGAAAAUUAUUGGCAAGUUCCUCAACUACGAGUGAGGACCACGUAUCCUAAUGAGUGGAUUAAGUAAUUCUGGAGUCGCUACACAAUUAAACAAAUCCCUGUGUUUGCAAUAUAAUUAAAGGCUAUGGUAGGGUAGACUGUGAUAUUGUGCUGAGGAAGAGACGUCCUUAAUCAUCUUUUGGCAGCAUAUUGGCGUGUCCUCGUUUCUUUCUUUUCUGUGAACGUCAUACAUUUUAAAACUUGUUUUCAAAAAACUGAAAAUAGUAAUAUUCCGAAAAAAAAAUUUUGUUUAUUAUUCUCGGUAUUUAAAUCAUUUUAUUGCAUAUAGAGGACUCUCUUGAUGAGUAAGUGUGCAUUAUCUGCAGGGGAUGACGAAGUGACUAAAUUCACUUUUACGAUUUGAUUUUCUUUUGACUGUUUCUGCAGUCUGUCACGUUGAAAUGUGUUCUCUGAUAUAGCAAAGUUUUGCACAUUUUUGAUUGCCCACUGUAUUUCAAUAUAAUAUUUCAAAGAACUGCUACGUCAUGCUAUGUAGUUACAGUUUUUGGUACUGUGGUGAUAAGUAUGAAGAGCUGUGUCACUGGGGCUUGUUUUGCUCCCUUUUUUUAAUUAACAAGACAUUGCAUACAUUUUAUCCAUUUCUAAAUUAUUUUGUUAAUGCUGAGUAUGAAAUCUUUCAAUUGUCAACAAACUCACCUUUGAAAAUAAAGAAAAAACUCAUCAUGACUUUA